AAAAACAAAAAAAAAAUUAUAAGAAAACUAUUAAUAAAUCAUAAUUUAUAAAAAUCAAGUGAAAUAUACCAUGUAUUAUUAUAAUUAUAAGUUAAUUUUGAAAACGAAGAUACUCCUAUUUUUGUUUCUGUGCAAAACUACAAAAAUAUACAGCACUGGUAACAAAAAUUGUAUCAUAAUAAACAAAUAUCAGAUUUUGUAGCAAUUUUUGAAUAAAAAUGGAUAAAAAAUUAAAAUAUUUAAAGAAUUUAAUGAUAUUAAAAUCUUUAUUCGAAGGGCUGUGUAUUUUAAAGAAAAUAGGUGAUAUAAAGAAGAAAAGAAUACGUUCCUGUUCCGUUAGAGAAAUUAACAGAGACAGACGGAGGAACGGGUUUUUUGUGCAGUCCUUUUUACGAAUGAAGGAAAUUGACCAUCAACAAUUUUUCAUUUAUACACGAAUGGCUCCAGAAGUAUAUAAACUUUUGCUGAACCUUGUGACACCGUACCUUCAAAAAAACUCACUAAGGGAGUCUGUGCAGCCAGAAUGUCGAUUGGCCGUAACAUUGCUAUAUCUUACUCAAGGAAAUUCGUUCCAAUCGCUGGCAUGGUCCUUCAAAUUAGGGAAAGAGACUGUUAGGAGCAUUAUUCUAGAGACAACUGAGGUAAUCUGGAGCAAAUUAAGCAGUAUUUAUGUGGCUGAACCAAACAUAGAAGACUUCAAGCAAAUUGCAGAAGAUUUCUGGAAUAUGUGGGACAUGCCUAACUGUAUUGGAUCUAUCGAUGGAAAACAUAUUGCCAUUCAAUGCCCGCCUAACAGCGGCAGUCAGUUUUUUUGCUACAAGAAAUUUUUUUCAAUUGUUCUAUUAGCAGCAUGUGAUGCGCGAUAUCGAUUUACUUACAUUGAUAUUGGAGCUUAUGACAGUCAGAGUGAUGGCGGAAUUUUUCAAUUGAGUCGAUUCGGAAAGAGGUUGCUUAAUAACAACCUUCCAAUACCUCCACCGAAAAAUUUGCCCAAUACUGAAUUUAAAAUUCCGCACUACUUUGUUGGCGAUGCCGCAUUCCCAUUGGGAAGAAAUUUAAUGCGUCCUUUCCCUGGCGAACUCCUGCCAUGUGAUAAAGAGCUAUUUAAUAAACGGCUAUCAAGAGCUCGCCGAACAAUAGAAAACGCCUUCGGAAUUUUAGUGUCUCGCUGGCGAGUACUCCUGACAACUCUACAUUUAUUUCCGAAUAAUGCAGAAAAAAUCGUUUUGUCAUGUGUUGCUUUGCACAAUUUUAUUAUGCUCAACGAUAAUGAAACAUCAUAUAUACCGAGCAACUACGUUGAUUGGGAGGACUCAAAUGGUGACGUUCACGCCGGGUCAUGGCGAAAUGAUGUUGGUUGUAACAUCCCAUCAAUUUUACCUUCAUCAAAUCUUCAUCAAUAUGGUGGGAAAAGUUCAACAGAAAUCAGAAAUAUUUUAUGUAGUUUUUUUAGUAAAUCAUAA